AUGACAGUUCCUCUUCCCUGUCCGGUGAAGCGUAUCUACCUCUCUCCAACAUCGAAGCCAUGGAAUCAAGGACAAAUCGUUCGACUUCAAAUAUGUCGGGAAGGAGGGCUCGUCUCCCACCGACGUGCCGUUCAGCGAGUUGAGGGCGGUGAAGAGAGGGGAAAUCGAGUGUCAUUCGUCGGUGCCCGCUUUGUGGGUUCGGAGAUGUUGUAUCUGUCGUCGCUCAGUGGGUUCAGCGAUGUGAAAUCUGUUGUUGCAUCGAGCAGGAAAGAAGUUUUGGAGGAAGCCGUUCUGUGA